UCUAAGAUUGUUGGUACGCACCGUCGUCGCGUCAAUUGGGAACAUUUUCCGUACCGAUCAGGCGGUGUUGUGUACGUGUACGUGCGUGCAUGUGUCAGUCUGUCCAUCUUGUUUCAUAUUUCCCUUCAGACGCCGCCCCUAUCAUAAUCUAAUUUUCCAUCCUCUCGACUAUCUCUUGCUUCGUGAGAAAGAAGGAUCAGGAUCUUAUUGCGUGUCGUCAGGAGUGGGUAGUGAUUCCGAAGUCAUGGCAGAAUUAGCGGCACUCCUGCGACAUGAGAUUCCUGAGGGUAGGAACAAUCUGGCCGACAGCCACACAAAUCUGGAGAGAGUGGCAGAAUAUUGCGAAGCCAAUUAUUUCCAAGCAGAAAACAAGAGGAUUGCACUGGAGGAAACGAAGAAUUAUACCACACAAUCCUUAGCCAGUGUUGCAUAUCAAAUAAACACAUUGGCGUACAAUUUUCUUCAACUGCUGGAUCUGCAGACGUCCCAGCUCGCUGAGAUGGAAAGCCAAAUGAAUCACAUUGCACAGACAGUCAUGAUUCAUAAGGAAAAGGUAGCCAGAAGGGAAAUAGGCGUCUUGACAGCCAACAAGAUGACAACUCGCCAGUACAAAAUCAUCGCUCCUGCCAAUCCUGAGAAACCAAUUAAGUAUGUCAGGAAGAGCAUUGAUUAUACAAUUUUAGAUGAAAUUGGACAUGGUGUACGUAGUUGCGGUACACCGCGAAGCAAACAAAGAGGAGGUAGUCAAGGCAGCGUUCAGAGUUUAGGAGCUACUUCCACAGGUUCAGGAUUAGGUGCUGCUAUGGUAGGACCCGCUCCUACCACCAAACCACCCACACCACCUCAAACAGUGAGAACUGGAACAUUAAGUAAAGGAUCGCGCGAAUAUAGGACUCCGCCAGCAGUAGCCCCACCUCAAGUUCCUAGCCACUACGCGCCCAACUAUCCACUUGGCCAUCCCAGACGAGAUCGCCCGGGAUAUAGCACUCUACCAUUGCAUGCUCAUAACACGUCCCACACGAGUCAUAAUACCAAUCAUAACGCGCAUGCCAAUACCAUCAAUCAGCACACUAUGCCGCAAGUGGGAACGGUUCAUCCCUUGCAGAAUCAUCCUCAAACACCACCUCCAGCACCGCCCAGCGUUACCGCGGGUUAUGUGCAGGAGCAGCAUAACAGUAUGCCUCCUCCACCUUCGCCUUUGGUUGGACUAGGCGAUAUGUCUGAAUAUACCGGCCAUCACACCUUGCCGCACAGAUUAUCACAUCAAAUUAGCCGUGGUAGCGGUGCAAAUAGUCCACCUUUACCACCGCCACCACCACCAGAGCAGGAGGAACAUCCGCAAUUUGGCAGACCAACCCCAUCUGGUGCUAUAAUGCCGAUUGUGCCGGAUGAGGAAGAUCUGCCCGGAUGGGUGCCAAAGAAUUAUAUUGAAAAAGUGGUGGCUAUUUAUGAUUAUUACGCGGAUAAAGAAGACGAAUUAAGCUUUCAAGAGAGUUCUGUGAUUUACGUGCUCAAGAAAAAUGAUGACGGAUGGUGGGAGGGGGUAAUGGAUGGUAUAACUGGAUUGUUUCCAGGAAAUUAUGUUGAACCAUGCGUAUAACUACAUGCAAUAAUUGGCUAUAUCAAAAUAACUAACA